AUGGGUUUUCGAGGCAUUGGCUUUCUGCUCCAGUGUUACCUGAUGUUGGCCGCAGCAAUGUAUUUUGAUCUCGGAGAACAGGAGGAAAAGUGCAUCAUUGAGGAGAUUCCUGAGGACACGCUGGUGACCGGUUAUUUCUUGUUGGAGCCUUGGAAUUUGAAGACGUUCAGCCACUCCCCCCACUUUGGUGCCACUGUGACAGUCAGAGACCCAAACCAUGAGGUUCUGAUGACCAAGCGCUUUGGUAAAUUUGGUAAAUUCACCUUCACAGCUCACACCUCUGGUCAGCACUACCUUUGCUUCCAAACCAACUCCACCAGGUUUUCUGUCUUUGCUGGAGAAAUCAUGAAGCUACAUGUGGACGUUCAGAUGGGAGAGCACUCGAUUAACCCCAAUACUGACAAGACCAAAGACAACAUGGAGAGACUGGAGAACAGCCUCAGACACCUCGUGGAUCAGAUGAUGUACAUCACCAGACAGCAGGAGUACCAGCGGGAGAAAGAGGAGGUGUUUCGAACCAUCGGCGAGAACACCAACAGUAAAGUGUUGUGGUGGGCUGUGGUGCAGACGUCUAUUCUGCUCACAGUCGGGUUCUGGCAGAUGAAACGACUCAAGGACUUCUUCAUUGCCAAGAAGCUGGUGUGACCUCUGACCCGUCACCACUGUACCUGCCGUGCACAUCUCACCCACACCUGCUUCUUAUGACCUGUGACCAGAAAUACUGUCACAAUUCAAAACUCUGCU